AUGACUUUGAUGUCCAACCUGCUCAUAAUCACCCUGGUGACAUUCCAGAGAUCACUUCACAAACCAAUGUACUGUUUCAUUGGAAAUUUCUCUUUCCUUGAAAUGUGGUACACAACUGUUACUGUUCCCAAGAUGCUAACAAACUUAGGUACAGGAAAUAAAACUAUCUCUACUAGAGACUGCAUUUCCCAGUUCUACUUUCUGUUCUUCCUUGGGGCCACACAACAUUUUCUAUUGACUAUAAUGGCCUAUGAUCGAUUCUUGGCCAUUUGUUACCCACUACGCUACACCACCCUAAUGAGUAGAUCUAUCUGUAGAAAGCUUGUAGCUAUGUCUUGGCUUGCUGGCUGCCUAUCCAUCUCUCUGCCUGCUGUUAUGAUGACACAGUUAGUGUUCUGUGGUCCAAACACAAUAGACCAUUUCUUCUGUGACUUCAGUCCUCUACUCCAGUUAUCCUGUACAGAAACGUGGCUGAAUGAGAUCAUCUUUUCUGCAGUAGCUUGGACAGUUAUUCUUGGAUGCUUCACCUUCACAUUUAUGUCCUAUGUUUCUGUGAUCAGCCGCCAAAAGGCAUUUUCCACUUGUGCAUCUCAUCUUGCCGUUGUUGGCAUAUUUUUUGGAACAGUCAUUUUUAUGUAUAUACGUCCAAAAGCAAAGAAUUCUUCCCCAGUGGACAAAGUUGUGUCUGUAUUUUAUUCUGUUAUUGUUCCCCUUCUCAACCCUAUGAUCUAUAGCCUGCGAAAUAAGGAAAUGAAAAAUGCACUGUUCAGAGCUAUAUCCAAGUUAAAAGGAAAAUAA